AUGUGUGAAGUUUUGGAGAUCAAACACCAAUUACCUCCAUUCCACUCUUUGAAAUCAUAUGAAUACAAUGGACAGCAAUACUUUGCAGCAGAUGAAAUUAUUGAUUCUUUUUUUGUUGGAAAAAACGAAAAAACAUCAAGAUUACUUCUCACCAUUAAAGAUGGCAAAGAUACACUCAAUCAUCAGCAGCAACAGGCUAUCGGAUUGCCAUCUCCCUUCCGCAAUGGAGUCAUCAUCACGAAUUUGGUAGCUUUAUUACAAACAAUUCUUAAAUUAUCUACAGGCAAAAAAGAUCAAGAAAAACUAAUACGCCACAUAUUCACCACUUUUUCAAAAGAAACGAGCUUGGUUGAUGUUAUGGAUUUUGAUAACGAGAUCGAUAGUGAAAUAUGGAAUGAUUGUGAUCAAUGUUAUAGUAAUUGUGAAGACAACAACUUAAUCAACGAAGCCGCUCUUUAUUUUGAUGACGUAGACAAUGACGAAACAGAAGAAAACGAUGAAGAAUUUAGUGAUGAUUUAUUUCAGUUCACAAAUUUCUCCUCAAUAAGUGAACAAAAUCAAACCGAUCAAAGUGAAGAUAACACCAUCAAUACCAUCUUGAAUUUAAUCUCUGAAAAUGAAAUGAACACGCAACAUCAACCACCAAUUUCAGAUUUUCCAUCUCCACCAAGCCAGGACCAGACUCAACAAUUCAAUCCAUCUCAAAACACUCACCCACACAGCCCGCAAUUAAACGUUUGUGCAUACUAA